AAAAGCGUGAAGUUGGCCAACUGGCAAAGCUAAUAACCGCAUGUUCUCCACAAUUCAGAAUAUUAAAUAUUGAACGCGAAAUCUGAAUAUUUUGUGACAGGAUAACGAACGUGCGGCUAACUAUUUAACGAAAGGAUUUUCAGUGUGUCUCCAAAAAAAGUGCUGUGUGCUGUGUCGUGCUCCCAUAUAUAUACAAAUAUAUAUAAAUAAAUAAAUUAAGUGUUAUUCAACUUAAUUGUCAGCAAAACAAAUAAAAGUUGGCAAAAUGUCGGUCAGACUGAACGAAACACAGAACAUUGUUGACAAGAUGGUCAACUUCUUUGUGGAGCACGAGGAUCUGCGCACAAAGAGCUGGUUCCUCUCGAAUGCACCCGGACCGCUGUUCAUGAUACUCGGCGCCUACCUGUACUUCUGCCUGUAUGCCGGACCGCGCUAUAUGCGCGACCGCAAGCCGUUCGAGCUGAAGAACACGCUGCUGAUCUACAAUGCGGUACAGGUGCUGCUCAGCUGGGUGCUCUUCUACGAGGGCUACAAGGGCGGCUGGGGCGGUCAUUACAACUUCAAGUGCCAGCCCGUAACCUAUGCCACAGAUCCCAUCUCCAUGAGAAUGGCGCGCGCUGUUUGGCUGUACUACAUUGCCAAGAUAACGGAGCUGCUGGACACGGUGUUCUUUGUGCUGCGCAAGAAGGAUCGCCAGAUCUCGUUCCUGCAUCUGUACCAUCACACGCUGAUGCCCGUUUGCGCCUUCAUUGGCGUCAAGUACUUCGCCGGCGGUCAUGGCACAUUGUUGGGCUUCAUCAACUCCUUCAUCCACAUCAUUAUGUACGCUUACUAUCUGCUGUCGGCCAUGGGACCCAAGGUGCAGAAGUAUCUCUGGUGGAAGAAGUACAUUACCAUUCUCCAGAUUGUGCAAUUCCUUAUCAUCUUUGUGCACACGCUGCAAAUUCAGUUCCAGCCCAACUGCAAUUUCCCCAAAUCGAUUGCGGCGCUGCUGACCUUCAAUGCCGGCCUCUUCACCUACAUGUUCAGCUCCUUCUAUGUGCACAACUACAAGCGAGAAGCCAAGCAGGCGGCGCAGGCCAAGCUGGCGGCACAGGCCAAAUUGGCAGUUAAACAGGAGUAGGAGCCGACUUUUCAUAUUUUGCCUUAAGAUCGAUAGCCAAAUGCGAAUGCGGCGUUCGUUAGUUAGGUUUAUAGCCUGUACACGUCUAUUGUGAAGAUACACUUUCUUAACCCAUUUAGGUAUAUACACAGAUCAUGCUGGGUGUAUGUACAUUGGAUAUUACAUUUUCUAGCUAGGUUUCUAGGUUCGUUGCGUAGUAUUUGAAGUCAGAAAUGAGUAUGUGGCCGCAAAGGAAAAUAGUACCCAAACAUUGCACUUGACGCGAUGGCAAAGUAUAAAUAGAACCAAAUAUUUUAGUUUAGUUGUUCGAUACGUGUGUAGUUUUUAUUUUAUUGAUUGGCGUGCAAUGAAAAUCUAAGACAUACAGCAGAUGGCAAAACACCAAAUUGUCAUUAGCAGCAAUUUUAUUUGCCAUUUUCUUUUCUAAAUUCGAAAACUCGCUUAAAAAUAA